ACACAGAACAGCUGAGGCAGCGUUCAGUUUCAGCCCGAGUGCCAUUAUGAUGGAUGUUUACAUGUCUUCAUUGAGAGCCAAUUAUCUUGCUUUUGUGUGAGGCCCAAGGAUCACUCAUGCUGCCAGGCUGCGCAGAGCGCUGUUGGAUCUAGCUGAACGAAUUGUUUUCUCUGUUUCGGGUAAGAGCCUGCUCCGUUUACCUUCUCCUUUGCAAUAGGGGUGGAUGUGUCUCCCGGAAAGAAGAGUGCAAAGACUGGGAGCUAAGGGAAGUGUUCCUAUCUGGGUGACAAUAAUUUUCAUACAGGACAGAUUAUGACAGCUUCUUUCUUAAGGAGAAGAUGUUUAAAUUUUAUCAAAUGAAAUAUAUUUUUCAAAUGCUGGAUAAAAUGAGAUGCUUGCGAAAACGUUCUACAGUGUCUUUCUUGGGAGUUCUUGUUGUUUUCCUUCUGUUCAUGAACUUGUACAUUGAAGAUAGCUAUGUUCUGGAAGGUGACAAGCAGCUCAUGAGAGAAACAUCCACACAUCAACUUAAUUCUGAACGCUAUGUUCACACAUUCAAGGAUUUAUCUAACUUCUCAGGAACCAUAAAUGUCACCUAUCGAUACCUAGCUGCAACACCUUUACAGAGAAAGCGAUAUCUCACUAUUGGACUCUCGUCAGUGAAACGGAAAAAAGGAAACUAUUUACUUGAGACAAUAAAAUCAAUUUUUGAACAGUCCAGCUAUGAGGAAUUAAAGGAAAUUUCAGUAGUGGUGCAUCUAGCAGACUUUAAUUCAUCCUGGCGUGAUAUUAUGGUCCAAGAUAUUAUGCAGAAAUUUGCCCAUCACAUUAUUGCAGGAAGAUUAAUGGUUAUACAUGCUCCUGAAGAAUAUUAUCCAGUUCUGGAUGGUCUUAAAAGAAAUUACAAUGACCCAGAAGAUAGAGUUAGAUUUCGCUCCAAGCAAAAUGUAGACUAUGCAUUUCUGCUUAAUUUUUGUGCCAAUACUUCAGACUAUUAUGUAAUGCUUGAAGAUGAUGUUCGGUGUUCCAAAAAUUUCUUAACUGCCAUCAAGAAAGUCAUUGCAUCCUUAGAAGGCACUUACUGGGUAACUCUUGAAUUCUCAAAGCUUGGCUACAUUGGUAAGCUCUAUCAUUCUCAUGAUCUCCCACGCCUGGCCCAUUUUUUAUUAAUGUUUUAUCAAGAAAUGCCUUGUGAUUGGCUAUUGACUCAUUUCCGAGGUCUGCUGGCUCAGAAAAACGUGAUUCGGUUUAAACCUUCUCUCUUUCAGCACAUGGGCUAUUACUCAUCCUAUAAAGGAACUGAGAAUAAACUGAAGGAUGAUGACUUUGAAGAGGAGUCAUUCGACAUCCCAGAUAACCCUCCUGCAAGUCUCUACACCAACAUGAACGUCUUUGAAAACUAUGAAGCAAGCAAGGCUUAUAGCAGUGUUGAUGAGUACUUCUGGGGAAAGCCACCUUCAAUAGGAGACACAUUUGUCAUUAUAUUUGAAAAUCCAAUUACAAUUAAAAAAAUUAAAGUGAAUACGGGGACAGAAGACCGACAGAACGACAUUUUGCACCAUGGAGCUCUAGAUGUUGGGGAAAAACUUACGUUAAGGAAACAAAUAAGACAAUGUGAUACUUACUUAAGACUGGGGGACUUCAAAAAUGGAAACUUUGAAAUGUCAGAUGUGAAUCAAAAAAUUCCGUUUGACAUACACUGCAUGAGGAUAUGCGUUACCAAAACACAAAAAGAAUGGCUGAUAAUUCGGAGUAUCAGUAUUUGGACUUCCUAGCCAAUUAAGUCAGUACACUGAGUUUCUGAAGCAGGUCUUCCUGUGUCAGGUUUUCCUAUCUUCCUCUUUUGCUACGUUUGUCUUUUGGAAGGCAACCAAUGGAUGUGAUGUGUCACAGAAAAAGUUGAUCAACUCAGCAGAUUUCAUUGUAAUUUUACUACACACACUCUUGUAUAUUUUUUCACUUUUGAGGGUGAAUAUCAUUCUGUAGUUAAAGCUGCUGUCAUUCAUAUAUUUAAAUGUUCAUAGUUCCACAAUUUCAACCAAUAGUCAAAAGAGUGAUGUGAGUGAUUUAAAAUGAAAAUUUUCUUUGGUUGGAUGAUAAUUAAAACACAGUUGCCAACUGUGUACACUUAUUCAUGAAUUGAUAAUUCAUUAUAUGAUCAAACAGCUUCUUAUUAAAGAAUCUCUGAGAAUAUGCAGUUGGUUGCAAUCAUAAACUGGGAUAUUUUUCUUGGAAAUUUAGGCUCUCACUGACUGCUAUAUUUCUACAAUUAAUACCUCCUCAUAGAUGUGGUAUCUUUACAACAGACUAUUUUGUGUAAGUAGGGUUGUGGAAAAGCAGAGGUAAAACUCGUCAUUUCUCUGGUUAUUUCUAUGAAAAUGAACAGUGCUCAUUGUUUUCAAACAUUUAAUUGAGCACUUGUUAAUAAAUUUUCUGUGGGAAGAAAUAUAUUCCUAACUUCCCAUUGGGAAAAAAAAAAGAAGUCAAGCUCAGUAUUUUAAGGUUGCAUUGGAUAACUUAAAUUAACAUAGAGAGAUGGCCUAUAGAUAGUCCAUUUGUCCAAACAGUUUCAGUAUAUGCAGACAAAUUGAAAUUGAUUUUAUAUUUUUUAUAUUAAAAUUCAUGUGAUUGAAAUUGUUGUAGUUUAUCAUAUUUUGGGAAGAUUAAAUGGCUGUCUUACAUGGGAGAAAGGUAAAAUCUGCAGAAACUAGUUUUCUUUUGUUUUCCUGUAGCCAAUGGGCUAUUACUUCAAAUAACAAAUGAAGGAAUUCUUUUGUUUGUUUGUUCUGAGUAACAGACAACACUCUUUUCUAUCUAUGGAGAUCUCUCCUACCAAAACUUAGGGUUUCUGUUUCCUUCCUUUCUUCUUUCUUUUUUUUCUUUCUUCUUUCAU